AGUCACUUUUUGGCACGACACCUGUCCACUCGGGGCGGAGCAAAAACACUGCUGGGUGUUUAAUGUGCACUAUUUGAGUAAGUGUGCAAUUUAAAUCGGAACCGUGCUUGGGUUUUGGCUGACGACAUUCCACAAGUCCGCACUCGGGAACUUCUUGCUUUGCGUUUCCAGCACACGGCUACAGGAUGGCAGCUGUACAAGAAUACGACUGCAUUGUAAUCGGUGCUGGAGUCCAGGGCUCCUUCACCGCCCAUCAGCUCGCUAAAAAUAACAAGAACACUCUUCUGCUGGAACAGUUUAUACUGCCCCACACACGAGGUAGUUCCCAUGGCCAGACCCGCAUCAUUCGCAAGGCCUAUGAGCAAAACAUCUAUACCCAUAUGAUGGAGGAGUGCUAUAAGCUGUGGGCUCAGCUGGAAACGGAUGCAGGUGUCCAACUGUACAGACAAACAGGACUCCUUCUAAUGGGACCACAAAACAAUCACUCAUACAAGCAGUUUAAAAAAAACCUGCAAAACAAUAAGGUUCCUAUGGUUCUCCUAAACAAUGACAUCUUCAGUCAGCAGAUCCCUUAUAUGAACCUGCCUGAUGGAUAUGAAGCACUAGUGGACUUAACUGCUGGAGUUCUGUAUGCUGAUCGUGCAAUCAAAGCUGUACAGGAACAGUUUCAAAAAUUAGGUGGAGUCAUAAGAGACAAAGAGAUGGUAACAGACAUCAAGCCUGGCCCUGUUGUAACAGUGUCAACAAGUGCCUGUGUUUAUCGUACCAAGAGCAUUGUAAUUACUGCUGGACCCUGGGCUAAUAAGCUGCUGACGCACACAGGUUUACAGUUACCACUACAAGUUGUAAAGAUCAAUGUGUGCUACUGGAAAGAGAAGGUUCCUAGCUUGUACAGUUUGAAGCAGGGUUUCCCUUGCUUCAUACUCACUGAGGGAGAGGACUCGAAUCACGACAUAUAUGGCCUCCCAUCGAACGAGUACCCUGGCCUAGUUAAGAUUUGUUACCAUAUGGGUAAAGAGACAGACCCAGACCAGAGAGACAAGCAGACAGACAGGUCUGAUAUUGACAUCCUCCAGCGCUUUAUUCGCCGUUGUUUACCUGGCCUAGUCCCUGAACCUGCAGUCGUGGAGAGCUGCAUGUACACACGAUCGUUGAUCGUGACUGUUUUAACUCUAUGACAUGACGCUAGGACUCAGAUCUACAACCCAAUAUUGCUAAAACAUGUUUGUUCUUCACAUUUUGUGUCUGAUUGAAACUGCAGAAGUGACCACCGAGUUAUUUCAUCACUUUUAAUAUCUGCAUGAGUCUUGGGGAUCCAUGCACUAAAUAUAAUAAAUAAAUAUUAAAUAAUGAAGAGACGCUGUUUUUUCAAUAAUUAAAAUUGAAAGACUGCUACCACUGAGACUCGAACCCAGGACGAGAAACUUUGCAGCCAUGCUUCUUAUCGACUAGACCACCUAAGACUUAAUAAUUGGCUGUUCUACAACAGGCUAUAUAAGACAUUCAACUACGAUGUUUUAGGACCAAAAGUGGGAGUCAAUCGCCAUCUACAGGCCAAAAGGACGUAACACACUCCCUCACAGAGUACUGACAAGGUGCUGACGCGUCGGACACGAAAGCAAACCACAGUGGGGGCUGUCACUUUUAACUGCUGCCACUGUAAUGUGUAGCUGCCUUGUUAACACACCCAAAAUCUUACUUAAGAAAUGACCUGCAAAAAAUAAUAUAUAAAAAAAACCUCCCUUCUCACCCCAUGCGGGUGGUCUCAUCCGUUUUUCAAGCUCGGGCCCUCGCUUGCGGGUUCUGCGCAGUAUCCUUGCUGUUCCUAGGACUGCACUUUUCUGGACUGAGAUUUCGGAUGUUUUUCCAGGGAUCUGUUGUAGCCACUCCUCCAGUUUGGGGGUCACAGCCCCCAGUGCUCCGAUCACCAAAGGCACCACUGUGGCCUUCACCUUCCAAACCUUCUCCAGUUCUUCACUGAGCCCUUGGUAUUUCUCUAGUUUCUCAUGUUCCUUUUUCCUGAUGUUGCCAUCGCUUGGUAUUGCCACAUUCACCACUACGGCUUUCCUCUGCUCUUUAUCCACCACCACAAUGUCUGGUUGGUUCGCCAUUACCAUUCUGUCAGUCUGAAUCUGGAAGUCCCACAGGAUCUUGGCUCGCUCGUUCUCUACCACCUUGGGAGGUGUUUCCCACUUUGACCUUGGGGUUUCCAGUCCAUACUCCGCGCAGAUGUUCCUGUAUACUAUGCCAGCCACUUGGUUAUGGCGUUCCAUGUAUGCUUUCCCUGUCAGCAUCUUACACCCUGCAGUGUGCUGGACCGUCUCAGGGGCCUCUUUGCACAGUCUACACCUUGGGUCUUGUCUGGUGUGGUAGAUCUGGGCCUCUAUGGCUCUGGUGCUCAGGGCCUGCUCCUGUGCAGCCAGGAUGAGUGCCUCUGUGCUGUCCUUCAGCCCAGCCCUUUCAAGCCAUUGGUAGGAUUUGUUGAGAUCAGCCACUUCAGUUAUGUUCCGGUGGUACAUCCCGUGCAAGGGCUUGUCCUCCCAUGAUGGUCCCUCAUCCAGCACCUUACCCUCUGUUCUCCACUGCCUGAGACAUUCACUCAGCACGUCAUCUGUCGGAGCCUUAUCCUUGAUGUAGUUAUGGAUCUUGGAUGUUUCAUCCCGGAUAGUGGCUCUCACACUCACUAGUCCUCUGCCUCCUUCUUUGCGGCUAGCGUAUAGUCUCAGGGUGCUGGAUUUGUUUUUCUCCAUGCAUGGUGAGGAGCUUUUGUGUCUUAACAUCUGUGGUCUGUAUCUCUUUCUUUGGCCACCUUCAUGUCUGCUAUUGUUCCUUCUGGGAUUGAGACCCCUUCUGUGUGGAUUACCUUGCCUCUCUUUGUCACCAUCCUCCACCCCAAAUCCAGCACCCUGAGACUAUACGCUCAGGGACUAUACGAUCAUGGACCACUGUACCUCCCCAACUGUCUCCAGCAGAACUGUGUGUCUGUCUCCCUUCCUCUUCACCCUGUACACCUCAGACUUAAGGUACAUCUCAGAGUCCUGUCACCUCCAGAAGUUCUCUGAUGAUUCUGCUAUUGUGGGAUGUAUCCAGGGUGGUGAUGUCACAAAGUAUCAGAGAGUGGACAGCUUUGUGGACUGGUGUGGACAGAACCACCUCCAACUGAACAUCAGUAAAAAACUAAAUAGCCGGUGAUAUACUUUAGGAAAUCUGGGAGUCCUGUCCAAUAAACUGGACUGGAAAAAGAACUCCUCAGCUGUGUACAAGAAGGCUCAGAGCAGGAUGUACUUCCUGAGGAGGCUCAGGCCCUUAACGUCUACAGCACCAUGCCGAGGAUGUUCUAUGAGUCUGUGUGAUCAGUGUUGUUUUACGCUGUUGUUUGCUGGGGCAGCAGCAUGUUAUUUUUCAUCCGGGCACUAGACUGCCUACGGAGCAGCCAACACUCAAUUUGGGAGGACUACCUACGAGGCAGUCGAUUCGUACGCUGCCUUACCUGAUCGGCUGCCAUUGUUCUACUAACGGGGCCGUUACCUGUCUGUCAGAAGGAAGCACAGAAUUUUGUGUGAGCCUGUGUUCAUCAGCCCUGUCACAGGCUGUGCUGUGGUCCUCUCAUGGAGACAUGAAAACACACAGCAAAAACACUGGUACUGUGGGGCCCAAUAGGGUCCAAUAGGUCUGAGGUCUGUCAGAGGGAAGCACAAAAUCUUGUGUGUUCCUGUGUGUUUCUG